AUGGUUUUAACCAAUACCAUGGUCACGUGCAAUUUAGCCCUGGUUGUUGCAGGUAUUGAUAAUUGCACUAUAUACAAGUCUCUUCGUAAGGCUUGCUUGUUGAGAAAGGGUACAGAUUCAAUGGCUUUGUUGUUGGCUCUUCCCAUAAAUCUAGGUCUCGUUGCUACUGAAGCCUUGUUCCGAUACCGGGUUGUAAGAGCUUAUGAUCCUGUCUUUGGAAGGAAUUGUGAUCCAAAAAUUGGGAGAGAAGGAGCAGAAAUAUGUGUUCAAAUUGAGCCUGUCAAAGAUGACAGUGGGAUUUCUGAUGGUUCACAAGGACUAGAGAUGGUGUUCGUAGACUGAGUUUUUAUGGACCAACAAAGUUACUCUCUGAAUUGUACAUGGGCUGAGAUUUUGAGAAAGCUCAUUCAUUAUUUACACCAUGUGUUCUUGCCAAUUCAUCAGGGAAAAAAAA